AUGGCUGCUCCAAAGGAAGCUACGGUUCACAACCUGACCGGUAACUGGAGGAUGCAGUUUAUCCAGAAGAGAAAUCCGUCCCAGGAUGCAACUCUCUCCGACAGCACCGACCCUACCUUGCAACUUCAAGGAAUCUCGUGGUUCACCCGCAAGGCUAUCGGCCUAGCCACCAUCACUCUGCACGUCAAGGAAUACACUGAAGGCGACAUUAUCCACAUCGACAUCGCCCAGACCUUGACUGGUGGAAUCUCUGGCACCACCGAGAAGCGUGAACUCGGCUGGCACACCAAGGAACACACCGACCACAUCUUCGGAUCCGUCAAGGGCCAGACUCGCUUCAUCGGGACCAAGAAGGACGGCUCCAAGACUGUCCCAGCCAUCGAGAUACAGACCAAGGCUGGCAAGCCGGAGGAGGACGCUGCUGUCGCUAAGUUCUUCAACGGAGAUGUCUUGGCUGACGGAUCCGCCUCUGACGGCUGGACUGUCGACGAGAGCGAGGGUGACGAGCCUUUCAUCCAGAGUUGGGUAGAGAGUCUCGACAACGGUUGGACCGCAGAACAGGUGUGGGGUUUCGAAGUCAUCAACGGCGUAAGAUACUAUACUCGCCGUAUUGCAGUUGCUAAGAACGGCGUCUGCAGCAAGGUCAGACUCGUCUACCCUUACCUCGGCCAGGACGAGUAA